AUGCCAAUGGACCAUAUAAAUGCACAUACGUGGAAGCAAGGUGAUGAAGUUGUGGGCCAGUAUGUGUUUCCGGGUAGAUCAAAAGAUGACUUGCCUUUUCAGAGAGGAGAUCUUCUUGUUAUCGUGAAACCAACUUCUGAUCCAAACUGGUUUAGGGCUAGAAACCAGUUUGGGAGAGAGGGGAUGAUCCCAGCUAAUUAUGUCAGACCAAGGCAGGUCGUCACGCUGCAUGCAAUGCCAUGGUACCAUGGUAAGAUAUCCCGCCAAGAAGCCGAGAAACUGCUUUAUCCCAGAGAGGAUGGCCUGUUUCUGGUGCGAGACAGCAACAACUACGUGGGAGACUAUACACUGUGUGUAUGCUUCGGAGAUAAAGUGGAACAUUAUCACAUUAAGUAUGAAGAUAACAAAUUAUCUGUAGACAAUGAAGAGUUCUUCAGAAAUCUGGAAGAGCUUGUACAGCAUUAUACAAAGGACGCAGAUGGCCUGUGCACGAGAUUAAUUAGACCUGUAGCAAAAGAAGGGGACAGUUUUGGUACAGUCAGUAUACAGCAGUUCAGAAGUGGAGGCUGGGUCAUCACCAAACAGCAUUUGGAAUUAGGGGAACUCAUAGGCAAGGGAGAUUUCGGAGAUGUCUAUAAAGGUUCAUAUAAAGGCCAGCCAGUUGCAGCAAAACAGCUGAAAGAUCAGGACAGGGGUGGGCAGACAUUUCUUCAGGAAGCUUCAGUCAUGACAUCCCUGAGGCACCCCAACCUGGUAAAAUUAAUAGGAGUGGUUAUAGAGGACACAAUAAUCAUAGUGACAGAGUUCAUGGGCAAGGGAAACCUUGUGGAGUAUCUGAGAUCUAGAGGACGCAAUGUUAUCACGAAGAAAGAUCAGAUUAAUUUUGCUACAGACACCUGUGCAGCCAUGGAAUAUCUAGAAAGCAAAGGCCUUGUACACAGAGAUUUGGCAGCAAGAAAUGUUUUGGUCCAUGAUGAUGGCACAGCAAAGGUGUCUGAUUUUGGACUUGCCAAGUUUGGUGAUUUGAGUUUGUCUAGUCAGAAGUUCCCUAUCAAGUGGACGGCUCCAGAAUCUCUCAGACAUAAUAGUUUCACCAAUAAGUCAGAUAUGUGGAGCUUCGGUAUUUUAUUGUGGGAAAUAUAUUCUUUCGGAAGAGUACCUUAUCCCAGGAUUCCUCUUGCAGAUGUUGUUAUGCAUGUAGAGAGAGGAUACAGAAUGGAGGCACCCGAAGGAUGCCCGGCAGAAAUAUAUGUUAUCAUGAAACAUGCUUGGGAGCUGCGACCAGAGGACAGACCAACUUUUAAUGAAGUGCUAUCAAAGCUAAACAACUUGCGAUCAGUGACAGUUUAG